AUGGUAUCUGACGGCAAAGAGGUAGCUUUCAAGUUGUCCGAUAGUUGCGUUCUUAAGAUCGUUCAAGGCGACAUCACAAAUUGGUCAGUCGAUGGCUCAUCCGAUGCUAUCGUUAAUCCAGCAAAUGGGCGUAUGCUAGGUGGUAAUGGUGCAGAUGGAGGGGUUUUUAACUUGCAAGCAUCUCAUGUGAUUCACACGGUUGGACCCAUUUAUAAUGCUGAGAAGAAUCCUAAGAAACUCCUAGAAAGUGCUUACAAGAACAGUCUGAGAGUAGCCAAAGACAAUAACAUUCAGUACAUUGCAUUUACUGCAAUAUCUUGUGGUAUCUUCAGGUAUCCUUUGGAUGAAGCUGCUUCUAUAGCUAUCUCCACUGUUAAGCAGUUUGGUCAAGAUUUUAAAGAGUUUUAG